CAUAAUUGCUUGUAGCCCGCGUUUGGUGGUAGAAUAUGAAUGAGAAAGAGAGCUUGAAAUUUCGCUACUUUGUGUAACUUUACCAAAUAUGAACUGAUUUUUGCUGGGUAAAAACCGGGGAGAACGGCUAAUGUAGACACUUUGAGCUGGAUUAAUUGCCUUUUUGAGUUUUGCAUAUUUACCGCAUAAACCACACUGGGAAAGGAAAAAUAACGCACCAACCUAUUGCUAAUAAACAUUAGCAAGGAUGGAGAAACAGUUACUUUGCUUGGAUGGGAGGUUGAAAUUCUCAGGAAAAUGAUGUAAACGGACCAUAUGAGGAGGACUAACAACAACCAGACGCGUCAUUUUAUCUUGUGUCUGAGACAGCAGUGCCAUCAUGUAUUCGAGCUCAAACAAUCCCACAAAGGCCAACUCCAGCAGCAGCAGCAGCAUCACGGAGCUCCUGAGCGCUCUGUGUGACUGCAGCCUCUCUGGGCUCUCUUGGAAGCGUCGAGCCCUCGGAGGUGUUUCCAGAGAGGGCUUCCACCGAGCCCUUAAAAAGCGGGCCUAUGGCGCCUUGCUGUCUAAGCUUUUUCAAGAUGGCACCAAAGGGUCUGCCUCGAGGCCCAGUGCCGCAGCUAGAACCCCUCCCAGGAACAAAGUCCUGAUGAUGUGCUUUGACUUGCGAGUGGCCGGCUGCCAGGAAGAAGCGGAGGCGCUGGAGGAUCGGCUGGGGAGGCUGCGUGAAGGAGCGUCCUCCGGUCUGAGAGAAGUGGACUCCGUCCUGGAGCUCCUAGUGUGCCUCGCCGGCUCCACGCCGCCGCCUCCCACCUCGUUCAGCAGGGACUACAUGAGACGAGAGAGGGCCGUGCUGCGGAGGCCGCAACCCUGGAGCUACCAGAGCGAGGAGCUGCAGAGGCUGGAGGCCAGGGCGUGGGGUCUGGUGUGUGCGGAGGAGUGGGGGACGCUGGAGACUCUGUGUGGAACUCAGAGGCUGAUGGACUCCCUGCCAAGGACAGGGUUGCUGGCUUUGAAGAUGAAAGUGGAAGCAGAAGAGAGAUUUGAGAAGGAGACGCGACUGUCGUUGUUUGGGGCGCUGCAGCACACUCGAACGUCAGAUAUGGACAUCAGACUGGACCUCCCACCUGUUCCCAGUAAUAUCGAUGUUACUGGACUGGCUAUCAGGGUUCCUCACUACUUGGAUCAGUCAGAGGACGAGGGCUUCCAGUCAGCCUCCAACCUUACCCCAGACUCUCAGUCAGAGGCGAGCCCCGUUCCAGAUGUUGACAUCUGGGAGGCUGUCCGCACGUUUGACCCCAGAAGGCGCCGCUGCUGGGAGUGUGUUGGCUGUCCACCAGGAAAAAGGGAGUCCUUCUAUCUGACAGAGGGAGGCAGAGAGACAUUUGACCAGCUCUACCGGCUGUGGGAGGGAGAGAUGAGGGUCGUGAGCUCCAGCGACUCCUCUCCCAUCCUCAUGCUGCCCCUGGACUCCCAGACGCAAUUAGUGUCCGACCUCCUGAACGUUCUGAUAGGAGUGGCGUCCACUACCUUCCCUCUCAACCAGAGCAUUCAGUUUGACGUCAGGCCCGGCGUGUGCGUCUCGGGAGCUUCUCCAGASAGCGUGUCUCGUCUUCUGGGGGAGUUGGCCCAGUAUGGCACCCACUACCUGAGGCUGAGUCGCUUUUCUCUCCAGAGUGCUGACAAGAAGGGCCUAGUCUUCCAGGCGUUCACCGGUGGUCUGAGGAAGUACCUGCAUUACUACAGAGCGUGUGUCCUCACCACUCCCCCCACUCUUAGCCUGUUGACCAUCGGCUUCCUUUUACGCAAAGUGGGCCGCCAGCUCAGGUACCUGUCGGAGCUGUGCUGUGUGGACGGACCGUCGGGCUCAGGCCAGGCCGCCUUCCCUGUGGGUGUUAAGCUGCUGUCCUACCUCUACAACGAAGCCCAGAGUAACUGCAGCAACGAGAACUAUCCCAUCCUGCUGUCCCUGUUGAAGAGCUGCUGUGAACCUUACACACGGUUCGUGUCCGACUGGGUGUACAGCGGCGUGUUUCGAGACGUUUGUGGAGAAUUCAUGAUCCAGGUCAACGAGGAUUACCUCAGUUUCAGGGACAAACAUUUCUGGGUUCAAGGCUACACUCUGAUAUCAAAGGAUGUGGAGGACUGUGUGCCGGUCUUCCUGAGACACAUUGCCAACGACGUCUAUGUCUGUGGGAAGACCAUAAACCUCCUCCGAAUCUGCUGUCCGCAGCACUACAUCUGCUGGUCGGAGCUGCCGGUGCCUCGCAUCGCCGUCACCUUCUCCCUGCAGGAGGUGGAGGAGAUUGAGAGGGAAUGCGCGGUGUAUCGCGGCCGCAUGGAGAGGAUCGCCAAACACAGCGCCGUCAGCAGGGAGGAGCAGGCCCUGCGAGCAGAGCGAGCGCGCCAGGAGCUGAUCAAUCAGGUCAGGGAGUCGGCGGCUAAAACCCUGGAGAGCAUCCGAGGGCGCCAGGUGUCACAGCGUCUAGCUGAGGAGGCCAAGAAAAGGGAACGCUUUGAAGAGCUGAAGCAGCACCUGGAACAGGAGCAGGAGUGGCGAAAUGCAGCCAAGAAGAAGCAGGAGGACGACAACUUUGGCUUUGCCAGAGAGCUGAGAGACAGAGAAAAGAGACUGCAAGCCCUGGAGGAGCAGCUGGAGCAGAGAGCCAGAAAGGAGCUGAUUGCUCAGUACAGCCGUCUGUCGGAGGAAGCGGCUCGCAGAGAGAGACGGGCCAUGUGGAGAGUGCAGCGAAUGAGACUCCACGGAGCCAGGRAACAGUUCUUCAUGCUCGACAGGCAGAAAAUUCAGGCAUUGCUGGAUAAAUACCCCUUUGACCAGGAGAGCCCUCCCAUGGCUGCAUUGCCAUCUGGUYCUUCAUUAACGCCACAACAAACUCAUGAAUUUCCCACUCAGGAGGAGCAGUCAGCAGACAUUCGAAGAUCAGAAGCUGCAUCCCCGCCACUUAAUCCGUCGGCAGCAGACCCUCCUCCCAUCUCGGAGGACUCCGACAUCAGUGACCUUCUCACUAAAUCGCUGAAGCCUGACAGUCAGCAAGUGGAUAACGCCUUGGAGGAGAUUGGCUCUGACCUACCUGAUGCCCGUCCUGCUCUGCAACUCGUUGACUAUGACUUUAGUGCCCCCUUUAGCCCACUCGAGGGUAUCGCCGGUCAAUCUUCAUCUCAGUCCAGGCCUCGGUGGGGACYUGCAGUGCAGCCUGACUUGAUGCAGUACUCUGAAGCUUCCAGCUUGGGUACAGACCAGGGUCAGAAUGAGCCUGUACCAGAACCAGAGGAAAGUGAUGAGCAGAAAAAAGAUCAAACUAAGACUGAGGGAGGUGAGGCAGACACUAAAGACAAAGAAUCAGAGAGGGGAGAUACAGCUGGUGGAGGUGUUUCUCUCCCAGUCCCUCAGAGUUCUCUCUCCAUUGCCAAGAUAAAGGUUCCAGACAGAAGCUCUCAUGGCCAUUCAUCUGAUGCUCAUAUAAAGGUUGGACAGAAUGUCUCUGAGGUAACUGCUCCCCUGCCCUCCMMCAACGUUCACGGCCAUGCUUCGGACUCGCAUAUCAAGGUGGGAGAACACGUGUCCGAAGUCGGCGCUCCCACACCGUCCCUCGGUGCUCACGGUCACUCCUCUGACGCUCACAUCAAAAUCGGGGAAUAUGUUCCUGAGUGUGUCCCUCCUCUUCCUGUCCCUAAUAUCCACGGUCACGUCUCGCACGCCCACAUCAAGGUUGGCGAACACGUUUCCGAAAUAGAGGCACCGUUACCGUUGCCGAACGUUCACGGCCACAGCUCUGACGCUCACAUAAAGGUUGGGGAAAAUGUUUCAGAUGUUGUGGCGCCGCGGCCUGCACCCAGCGUUCACGGACAUUCCUCUGAUGCCAAUAUAAGAGUGGGGGAGUUUGUGUCUAACGUAGUGGAAGGAAGACCUCGUUGGAGCAAACACGGACACGCCUCGGAUUGUGUCCUCCAGCCGGGUUGUGUGGUCUCUGGAGAAGAACUCCCAUCAGCCCCUCUGCCUGGCAGCUCUUACGGUCACUCCUCAGACUCUGCUUUAGGCAUUGGGUGUGUGGUCCAGGGAGAGGAGCCCAAACGAGCAGCGUUACCUGGCAGCGCCCACGGACAUUCAUCAGACUCUGCUUUGGGCGUUGGAUGCGUCGUCACGAAAUCCGAUCCGCUUCCAUCGCCGCUACCAGGCAGCGCCUACGGUCACUCUUCUGAUUCAACACUGGGCAUUGGCUGCGUGGUGCAGGGGUCAGAGCCGCCACCCGCUGCACUUCCAGGCAGCGCCUACGGUCACUCAUCAGACUCUGCUCUGGGGGUUGGAUGUGUAGUGAAAGGAAAAGAAGAUCAAAAGACAAAGGACGAGGAAGAUAAAGUUUUUCCUUCAGGCAGCCCCACCGAUGACAGGAUGGUGUGUUGGACGUCUGGGUUGUGGUUAUCCCCUGGAGAGAAGUCCCAGCAGGAAUACCUCUUGGCCCUGUCCGCUCAGUACCAGGUGGAACACUACGAGGACUGCUACAACUUACUGGCUUUGUCCCCCGAGUCCCAGCUGCUGAAGCAGGUAACGCGGGGGCCCUGGGGCCUUCCCAUGGACCCGACGCUCCGCAGAGCCACAGACACCACAGCUGUCCAGCUCAGUGAGAUGGUUUCCCUGCCGGUGCUGAUAAAGCACUCUGUCACCGCCCCGCUCAUCACGCAUGUCUCCUUGGUGAAUAAGGCUAUAGUGGACUACUUCUUUGUGGAGCUGGGGGUGGAAAGACACUUUGAGGCGCUGCGCCACUUCCUGUUGAUGGAGGAUGGCGAGUUCGCCCAGUCUCUCAGCGAUCUGAUCUUUGAAAAGAUGGCCAGCGGCCAGACUCCAGGCGAGCUGCUGACCCCACUGGUCCUGAACUCCAUCCUCAGCAAGGCCCUGCAGUACAGCCUCCACGGAGACACUCCCCUCGCUCCUAAUUUCACUUUCGCCCUGCGCUUCCUGCCCGAAACCUUCCACCCCCACGCCCCGGACUCCCUCAACUGCUUGGAGCUGCGCUACAAGGUGGACUGGCCGUUGAACAUCAUCAUCACCGACAGCUGCAUGAACAAGUACAACCGCUUGUUUUCGUUCCUGCUGCAGCUCAAACACAUGGUGUGGAGCCUCAGGGACGUCUGGUUUCACCUCAAGAGGACAGCUCUGGUGAAAGGCGCGGGCCACUCGGUGCAGUUCCGUCAGCUGCAGCUCUACAGGCACGAGAUGCAGCAUUUUGUCAAAGUCAUACAGGGUUACAUCGCCAACCAGAUCCUGCAGGUGUCCUGGACCGAGUUCACGGCCAAGCUGGCCACCGCCGGUGACCUGGACGGCAUCCACCGCACACACGCCGACUACCUCAACAGAGCCAUCUUCAGGGGUCUGCUGACAGAGAAAGCAGCUCCGGUCAUGAACAUCAUCCACAGCAUUUUCAGCCUGAUCCUCAAAUUUCGGGCUCAGCUCAUCGCGCAACCCUGGGACAGCCAGCAGGGGGAGGCAGUGCACCCGAGCUUCAUUGCUAUGCAGCAGUCGUACAACACUUUUAAGUAUUACUCCCACUUCCUUUUCAAAGUGGUGACUAAACUGGUGAACCGAGGCUAUCAGCCCCAUUUAGAGGAUUUCCUGCUUCGCAUCAACUUCAACAACUACUACAAGGACUCUUGAGGUGCUCUCUGGUUUCCUGUUGUACAUCGUUUAAUUGGCUGAACCCUCCCCGUGGGCUGCUUUGAGAAGAUAUGUUGGAUUUAUGACGGUGUUCAAACGUCCUUGAAAUCCCACCUCUGCUGUCCUCCAUUUAGGAACCAAACGGUAAUUAAUGUUGAGCCCUUAAUGGUUUCCAUGCACUUAAACAAUCAAGGCGACACGUGUGAGCUGAAGCUCCUGACUGUUGCAAUGCAUCUCGUACACAUGUGGGUGUUCACUGAUGUAUAUUUAAAGCUAAUAUAAAUGAAGUGUUCAUGUGUGAAUACAAAGUUGACAUGUUUUCUUUAA